AUGGAUAUUCUAUCUAUCUAUCUAUCUAUCUAUCUAUCUAUCUAUCUAUCUAUCUAUCUAUCUAGUUAUGUUCUAUCCUAUUCUAUCUAUCUAUCUAUCUAUCUAUCUAUCUAUCUAUCUAUCUAUCUAUCUAUCUAUCUAUCUAGUAUGUUUCUAUCCUAUUCUAUCUAUCUAUCUAUCUAUCUAUCUAUCUAUCUAUCUAUCUAUCUAUCUAUCUAUCUAUUAUGUUCUAUCCUAUUCUAUCUAUCUAUCUAUCUAUCUAUCUAUCUAUCUAUCUAUCUAUCUAUCUAUCUAUCUAUAUAUAUGUGUGUGUAUAAUAUCCUAUUCUAUCUAUCUAUCUAUCUAUCUAUCUAUCUAUCUAUCUAUAAUAUAUAUUGUACAAACUCUCGCACAAAUCUAUCUAUCUAUCUAUCUAUCUAUCUAUCUAUCUAUCUAUCUAUCUAUCUAUCUAUCUGUCUGUGUACUUUCAUUAUCUACAUUUCUGUAUAUAAGACAAAUAUAUUUUUUCCAUGUUUUACACAUUUGUUUUCGCUGGCUUCUCUUACUAUUGUUAAUAUCUAUCUAUCUAUCUAUCUAUCUAUCUAUCUAUCUAUCUAUCUAUCUAUCUAUCUAUCUAUCGCAGUAUGUUUAUUAUCUAUCUAUCUUGUACAGUACACGCGUUUGCACAUAUCGGUACAACUUUUUUCUUUAUCACUCUCACAACCAAUUUUCCUAUCUAUCUAUCUAUCUAUCUAUCUAUCUAUCUAUCUAUCUAUCUAUCUAUCUAUACAAACAAUCGACUCAUCUCCUCUAAUUAUCUAUCUAUCUAUCUAUCUAUCUAUCUAUCUAUCUAUCUAUCUAUCUAUCUAUCUUCAUAUUUUCCUGUUUGUUCACAUCUAUCUAUCUAUCUAUCUAUCUAUCUAUCUAUCUAUCUAUCUUCAUAUUUUCCUGUCUGUUCACAUCUAUCUAUCUAUCUAUCUAUCUAUCUAUCUAUCUAUCUAUCUAUCUAUCUAUCUAUCUAUCUAUCUAUCUUCAUAUUUUCCUGUCUGUUCACAUCUAUCUAUCUAUCUAUCUAUCUAUCUAUCUAUCUAUCUAUCUAUCUAUCUAUCUAUCUGUGUAUCCAUGCCUGGCAUCCAUUCCAACCCUCAAUUUUUUUUUUCUUUCCAGGAAUACUUCCUAUUGUCAUCUCUUGUCUUUUUCCGCCCCCUCACUUUCUAUUUAUCUAUUCAUCUAUCUUGUCUGCCUGCAGCCGGUGCCUCUUCUAUACCAUUUACCAUUCCGACCAUGCAUGUCACACCUUCUCUGGCAUUCUUCACACUUUUUCCUAUCAACUACCUUUUCCUUUCUAUAUCCGUUGGUUCGUCUACUUCUUUAUGUUUGCUCUCUCGACUUACCAUCGUUCCCCACUCCCCGAUCAUCAUAGCCUUUGCUUCCACUGCUGCUGUUUUUCCGCGGUGCCCUCACUAUCUCUACUUCUUUUGGUCCCUACCGCUGCUGCCACCGUCGUAUUCUUGCAUGUUGUCUUCUUUUCUGAGUCAUCGGUCUGGACGCCGUCACUCUACAUAG